AUUGAAACGAGGCGAGGGAGCAAGAGGCUCCGCGAGCCUCAGUCUGUGUCUUGGAUGCCAAUGACAGCACCAUGAGUGGAGCCCAUGAGGAGAUGGCUGCCGCUACUGCUGCACAGACCUCCUCUCUGGACGUCAGCAGCACCGCUCUGGGUCUGCAGGACAGAACCCACACGGCCCUCUUUGAGUUUCGAGUGUUCAACAUCACUGUCGCCGUUCUGGCCUUGUGCAUCCUGGUGUUCACCGGUCUGUACUGCAUCACCGUCUGCUUCAACCGCAACAGGCAGUGGAAGCGCGCCCACGCGUACGAGAGCGCGGUGACCCGAGGGGAGCCGGUGGACCCCGUGGCGGUGCGGGCCGUGAAGAGGUCCACCAGCUUCAUCAACCCCUUCGCCCUCUUCAGGAGGCCCGAGGCGGAGCGCGACAAGGCCCGGAUCUACUACAUCUACAGCAACCCGCUGCCGGUCGGCCUGGAGGAGGAGGAGGAGGAGGAGAGGGAGCGGGAGAAGAGGCUGGAGGAGCGGAGGGAGCAGGAGGAGAGGAGGCUGAAGGAGGGGGAGAGGGAGCCGGACAAGAGGCGGGAGGAGACGAGGAAGGAGAAGAGGGAGCAGGAGAAGAGAGAGCAGGAGAAGAGGAGGGAGAGGGAGCAGGAGAAGAGGCUGGAGGAGACGAGGAAGGAGAAGAGGGAGCAGGAGAAGAGAGAGCAGGAGAAGAGAGAGCAGGAGAAGAAGAGGGAGCAGGAGAAGAGAGAGCAGGAGAAGAAGAGGGAGCAGGAGAAGAGGCAGGAGGAGGAGGAGGAGGAGGAGGACCGGAGGAGGCUGUGCCGGGCGCCCUGCGGCUUAGAGGUGCAGACUGUCCCGUCUCAGUCGCUGCUGAUCCGGGAGUAUGCCCAGGACCCGAACAGUGGGGUCACCCUGGACCCACCCAUGUUUUACAUGCAGCUCUAGAGACACCGGGGGUACAUCGGACCCCCCCCGAGAGGCUUGAUACCGCGUGAAAUACACCGAUCUGAAACGUGAAAUGGUCAUCUCAGAGCAUCGUUUCCAGGAACCCCUUUUGA